UUUAUGCCUUGGAAGGUUCAUGUCACAAGCCAACCAGUUGUUUUCCAUCCCCUUCAAGAGGGAAUAAUUGGAGUUUAACGACAGGAAGGACUUCCCAAUCACGAGAAGGGGUAGCACUGACAUCCUCUCUCAUGGUCAGUUUUGGGAGAGGUGUUGUCCCUGCCUUGACCAACAGUUUGGGUCAGAGGGAGGGGGUUGGGCACAAGCCCCUGAGAGAAUCCCCAUUCACAGACCCGGUGGGGGUAGGGGAGGCCCUGGGGCAGCAGCCCUGGGGUAACCAGGGAACAAACACGGAAAAACCAGGGGACGUCAGUCCUUAUCUGGAGUUCAUUAAUGGGGAACAUUAUUCAGCUGUGAAGGCCAAGAUGGGGUGAUAGGCAUGUGGGUGGGCAGGGGUGGGGAGUGGGGGCAGGAGGCAGCCACAGCAGAGACAAGGUAAUGGCCCAAACUCCACCUCUACCCCACGUGUCCGAAUCCAGGAUGGAAGAACUAUAAAUGCCCACAGCCCAGCCUCCCCAGAGACCCUGAGGGAGCAAGAGAGUGAGCGAGAGAGGGAAAGCACGCGAGAGAGCACUCCACAAGCUUCCUUCCACUCCAACUACUGGGCCAGCCCCUGGAAGGCCUCACAGCAUGUGGGAACUCCGGUCCAUAGCCUUCUCCAGGGCGGUGUUUGCAGAGUUCCUGGCCACACUCCUCUUCGUCUUCUUUGGCCUCGGCUCGGCCCUCAACUGGCCAAAGGCUCUGCCCUCUGUGCUGCAGAUCGCCAUGGCCUUCGGCCUGGGUAUCGGCACACUGGUGCAGGCUCUGGGCCACGUCAGUGGGGCUCACAUCAAUCCUGCCGUGACUGUGGCCUGCCUAGUAGGCUGCCACGUCUCCUUUCUCCGAGCUGCCUUCUACGUGGCCGCCCAGCUGCUGGGGGCUGUGGCAGGGGCUGCUCUGCUCCAUGAGAUUACGCCACCAGACAUCCGAGGGGACCUGGCUGUUAAUGCACUCAACAACAACACGACAGCUGGCCAGGCCGUUACCGUGGAGCUUUUCCUGACCCUGCAGCUGGUGCUCUGCAUCUUUGCUUCCACAGACGAGCGUCGCGGAGACAACCUGGGCACGCCUGCCCUCUCCAUCGGUUUCUCUGUGACCCUGGGCCACCUCCUUGGGAUCUACUACACUGGCUGCUCCAUGAAUCCCGCCCGCUCCCUGGCUCCUGCUGUUGUCACCGGCAAGUUUGAUGACCACUGGGUCUUCUGGAUCGGACCCCUGGUGGGCGCCAUCCUGGGCUCCCUGCUCUACAACUACGUCCUGUUCCCGCCGGCCAAGAGCCUGGCGGAGCGCCUGGCCGUGCUCAAGGGGCUGGAGCCCGACGCCGACUGGGAGGAGCGCGAGGUGCGGCGGCGGCAGUCGGUGGAGCUGCACUCGCCGCAGAGCCUCCCGCGGGGCAGCAAGGCCUGA